AUGGAAGACUCUCCUAAGGCGAUGGAGGCAGGUCUUAAGCCUGACUCCAAUUAUGAUGACCUCAAGGCUACCCAAGAGGAGAUUAUCGUAUCUCACAACAUCGAAACCCAACGAGGCUUGAGCUCUCGGCACAUUCAAUUCCUCGCACUUGGUGGUUGCAUCGGUACGGGGUUAUUUGUUGGUAGUGGAGCGGCUCUAUCGACCGUUGGUCCUGCACCUCUUCUUAUGGGCUACAUUGCCAUGUCAAGUGUGGUUUAUUUAAUCAUGAACAUACUGGGUGAAAUGACCACAUACCUCCCCGUCCGAGGCGUCUCCGUCCCAUAUUUCAUCAGCCGCUUCACAGAGCCGAGCCUUGGAUUUGCUGUGGGUAUGUUGAGUUUAUUGAUGUGCAUCAUGAUGAAACCGUUGCUGACCAUUUUUUUUUUUACAGGGUAUAACUACUGGUACUCUUUCUCGAUGCUGCUUGCGUCUGAAGUAACUGCAGCCGGUCUCGUGAUUGAGUAUUGGCCCUCUUCGGUCAGUGUGGGAGUGUGGAUUGCCAUCAUUCUAAUUGUCAUCCUAUUCCUCAAUAUAGUUGCGGUGUCAUGGUACGGAGAAGCAGAGUUCUGGUUCGCAUCUCUCAAAAUCAUCGCGAUCAUCGGUCUGAUCAUUCUUGGUAUUGUGCUGUUCUUCGGAGGAGGUCCCAAUCACGAUCGUCUUGGUUUCAGAUACUGGCAGCAGCCAGGCGCAUUCGUGGAGCCGUAUUUGGUGCCGAAUGUCAACACGGGUCGCUUCCUGGCAUUCUGGACAGCCCUAAUCAAGUCCGGGUUUUCUUUUAUUUUCUCGCCCGAGUUGAUCACCACUGCCGCCGGUGAGGCUGUUUCUCCGCGUCGGAACAUCCCCAAGGCUACAAAUCGUUUCAUCUACCGUCUUUUCGCAUUCUACGUUCUUGGAAGCUUGGUCAUUGGGGUGACGGUCGCUUACAAUGACAAGGGUCUGCUCCGCGGUGUUGCCAGCGGCGGUUCUGGCGCUGGUGCUAGUCCGUUCGUCAUCGGAAUUCAAAAUGCUGGCAUCGCCGGACUAAACCAUGUUAUCAAUGCUGCCAUCUUGAUAUCUGCUUUCUCGUCCGGUAACUCUUGGGUCUACGCUGGCUCGCGUACGCUCUACUCCAUGGCAUGUGAGGGUCAAGCACCGAAGUUCUUCGCCCGCUGUAACAAGAACGGGGUCCCCUACAAUGCAGUGUUGAUUACCUGGGCAAUUGGCCUUCUUUCGUUUUUGAACCUGUCUGCAUCUGGCUCGACUGUGUUUUACUGGUUCACCAACAUCACUACGAUUGGAGGUUUUAUUUCCUGGGUUAUCGUUGGAGUUGCGUACUUGCGCUUCCGCGGUGCUUUGAAAUUCCACGGGCUCCUGGAAUCCAGGCCCUUCAAGACUCCUUCCCAACCUUACGGCACAUACUACGCCAUGGGCUUCAUAUCACUCCUUGCCAUUACUAACGGCUACACCAUCUUCUUCCCCGGUUCAUUCAUAGCCUCGGGCUUCCUCGUCUCGUACAUUGUCUUUGUCAUCUUCUUCGUCCUUUACCUGGGACACAAGCUCUAUUACAAGACACCCUGGAUGAUCAAGGUAUCAGAUAUUGAUAUCUUCAGUGGGAAAGGAGAGAUUGACCGGCUUGAAGAGGAGGAUAUGGAGCCAAAGCCAAGAAAUUGGCUAGAGCGUGUCUGGUGGUGGGUUGCCUAG